AUGCUGUGCGUAGUCACCUGCCGUCAGCGCGCGCACUUUAGUCAGUACAAGAGUGCUAAGAACUUAUACGACGCUGUAGUUGCACGCUACUCCUCCCCUGCCACUGCUGCCCUUAGUCGCCUCAUGCUGCCGUACCUGUUCCCUGACCUCGCUGCCUUUGCCACAGUUGUUGACCUCGUCACGCACCUCCGCACUAGUGACACCCGCUACCGCGCUGCGCUUCCUGCUGAGUUCUGCGCCAAGAACCCCCCCCUCUAUGGGUGCUCCCCCGUCCCCCUUUUGCCCUCUGUUGCCUCUGUUGCCGCUGUCGACUUCAUUGGCACCGAGUUGGUCGGUGCUGCGUCUGCCCGUAGUGGGAAGCGCCGCACCGGCAAGGGCAAGGGGGGCAAUAGUGCUAGAGGAGCUGGUGGGGGCGGUGGUGGUGACGGUGGGGGCAGUGGAGGGGGUGGGGGUGGCGGUGGGAGUGGUGGCCGGGGUGGGGGCUCUAGUGGCAGCAGCGGAGGUGGUGGCGGUGGGGGUGGAGGAGGCGGCGGUGGCGGUGGUGGCGGUGGUGCUCGUCGGGGUGGCUCUGCGCAGCGGGGAGGCUUCAGUGGUGGCCAGCGUCAGCAGCAGCAUCGCUCUCCUGAGACACCGCCGCCCCAGCAGCUUCGUGAGUGGUUCGCUGCGCGUCAGCGGUCUAGGGGUGCUUGUCCCUGUGCCUACGUCCUGCGUACUGGUGACCGCACUGGGGAGCCGUGCGGCGGGCCGCACACCACCCACCGCUCCUUUGGCCGCCUGACUGACGCCUGGCGUCUCCAGUUCCCUGACGCCACUGAGAUCCGUCUCUGGGGUGAUCUGCUUAGGUCGGGGGUUGCUAUCUUUGAUCUUGACUAUGAUGCUAUUCUUGCUGCCAUGUAUGUUGUGUCUAAUAGUGAUGAGGGUGACUAUUACCUGUGUGUUCCGCAUGAACGGGCAUUGCGGCUGCUGCUCUAG